GCGAGAUCAUAAAAAACAACAGAUUUGUCAUAGUCAACGACAACCAUGAGAGAUUACAAGAUCGUGGUAUUGGGUGCGGGUGGUGUAGGUAAAUCCUCCAUCACCGUACAGUUUGUACAAGGAGUUUACGUUGAAAGUUACGAUCCAACCAUCGAGGACUCAUAUCGGAAACAGAUCGAAAUCGACGGCCGGGCCUGCGAUUUAGAGAUCUUGGACACGGCUGGAGUGGCUCAAUUCACUGCUAUGAGAGAAUUGUACAUCAAAAGUGGAAAAGGGUUUUUGUUGGUAUACUCAGUCACAGACGAGAACUCAUUAAAAGAACUACUUGCAUUAAGAGAACAGGUUUUGAGAAUCAAGGACUCUGACAAUGUUCCCAUGGUGUUGAUCGGAAACAAGAGUGAUUUAGAAUCCGACCGAGUGGUUAGUAUUGAAGAUGGGGUAAAAGUUAGUCAGGAAUGGGGGUUGGUGCCAUUUUACGAAACGAGUGCCAUGUACAAAACCAACGUUGAUGAGGCGUUUAUCGACGUGGUGAGGCAGAUAAUGCGCAAAGAGGCAGCUGUGUCGGCCGAGAAAAAGCAACAGAAGGAAGCUGCUAAGCAGACAACCAUUGCUAAUGAUAAAGAAAUAGACACUGAGCCAGUAUCUGGGGCCCAAAAAGAAGCGAAGGCGAGCCGGUUGAAGCAAAGCUUGAGUGGUGACACAUCCACCGCCGAUAAGAGCAGGAGCAGAUGCUGUGUGAUUAUGUAAAACUCUGAACAGACACUUGAACUUUUGCUUAGAAAUUAAAAAUGUCGUAAGAAUAAU